AUUACAAUAUUAAUGUGUAUUAAAGCAAAUUGGAUAAUAUGAACUACACAAGCAAAAAAAAGACAUACAGUAUAUUAAAUUACAAUGCUUAUAUAGUACAUUUAUGUAGCAACAAUCCAAUUUUUUUAUCUCCGCUCAGCCACAAAGGCUGUAACUCUCCUCUAUUAACAUUUCUUGAGCAACUGACAUAGAAACAUUAUUUAAAAAAUGAUAUUUUCACAUGAUGGCCCAGAGAUUAACCUAAUCUACGGAAGUUACAGAACAAUAACAAGUGGUAUUGCUAGGAAAUUGCUUUUGAAUUAAAGCAUUGACCAUGAUUUAUCUUAACUGUCUGAAUCUUGAUGGUAUUAGGAUGAUGUGAAAUACAUACUGUAUCCCAUUAUUAAAAAUACUGAGUGCUGUCUCCCCAACUGAUACAUAAAAAUCUUAUUGGUGACCCCACAAAACAAUCUACUGGUACAAUGGAAGUCUAUCAACAUUGCUGUUUUCCAGGGAGUUGCUGCUUUUUAAAUAUAUUUCUGUACUUAAUUAACAGUAUUUGUAACAACUUCUUUUUUUCCUUCUGCUUGACCUAACACAAGGCAUUAUGAUUCUUCCGUGACUGCUGAAGGCCACAGGGGUACAGCUGACCUGACAUUGAAUAACCAUCCUGAUUGUUCGAUUACCAACCUUUUGCCAACAUACAUCACUCACUACAGUAACUGCUACAGUUCCCACUGAAAGUGUUAUGGACGGUGAUUUUAUUGAGUUUGAUUAUGACCAAGAUAUUGUCAUUGAUAACUACAAUCUUUCAAUACAGUACCUGUGUUCAAAGCCUUGCACAAUUGUUGUUGAAGUUGUAGCUUCUUCAGAGUUUAGAACUGGAGUUGUUAUCUACAGGACAAGGUGGAAAAAUGAAAAACACCUUCAUGUUACCAGGAACCGGACAGUGUUAUUGAAGUUUCCAGACAUCAUGGUCUACAGGGAGGAUUUUUUCAUAAAACACACAAUUAGCAUCAGAAGUGUGGUCCUUAGGGCCUGGAUUGUUGAUAGUCACCACCACAAUGAACACAAUGGGUAUGUAGACAGCUUCGCACAAGCCAAAGUGAACACCUUUAAAGUUCUGAAGGCUCUCCCACCCUUUCAACGUCCAUUCAAAAACCACACGAAAUGUCUUCAGUGGGAUGCUGAACAAAUAUGGCGAUUAACUGAAAACAGGAUUCCUCAUUGCCCUCAUGAAUCUGACACUGUGGAUAUGCUAAAUUUCCCACAUGCAAGCACUGGAGAGAGAUUUGGAAUAAUCAGAAAGUUGGAUCGCUUUAUAAAUAAAGAUUUUGAAAAGAUCAGAGUCCAGAGGGUCCACAAUCCCAGGUUUACCUUUUCAGUUUGGAUCUACCUGCUUAGUUUGUGUAACAGUCAAAUUUGUGGAAUUCUUCAACAUGUGAGUGAAAACAAUUUGUACCACACACCUUUAAUAUUACUAACUAAUAACGGGGAAAUCAUUAUCCAGGUCCAUCUUGCAUCAGGACAAGACAGCGCUUUCAAAUCCUUUACUGGACUCUCCCUAAAGAUGUGGUAUCGCCUGGAUGUGUCUCUGGAAGGAACAAAGGUCACGUUGAAUGUCACUGCUUGGAAGUCUAUAAAAGAAACGGUUGAAAAUAAACAUACAUACAUUUUUGACAGUGCUAUACACUACAAUGACACUUCUGGAUACUUUGUAAUUGGAGGCAGCAGGUUUUUACCCAGCAUACAGGGCUUUUUUGGCCCAGUGAAGUACUAUCGCCUUGAAGCAAAUGGGUUUGAAUCUGUGGUUAACCCCCUGUUUCCUCAGAAGAUGUUAGAGGAGCUGGAUCAGAAAUAUCAAAUGUGUGACAACAUAUCAGAAAUUAUCCCAGUUUUUCUACAGAUACUUAAACAAAGUAGAGACAUCACAAACAAAGGCACAUGUCACUCAUAUUUUUCAUAUUUAAAUAACAAAUUUGGCCAGCUGCCUGUUUGUGACAAAUUGCCCUGGAAUUUGGAGACAUGGAAAAAUCACCACACUCUUAUCAGUCUAAUGCAGACAACAGAGUGGAAUCUCUCUUCUGGUUUCUGGGAUAUGGAUGUCACAAAGAAAUUUGGGAGACAUGUUUAUGAAAUGGUUUUGGAGAGAUUAACCCAGCAAGGAGGGCUUGGGCUUGUACGCUCGCUGAUGCCAUAUUUACAGAUUUCAAGCUGCUGUGGGUAUCAUAAAGCAUCCACCUUCUUGGCUAUCAUUCAUGAGGCAGGACUAGGCCUACCAGUGGAUUUGGUACAGGGACAUCUUUAUAGUUUGAUAGCUGCCCAGGGAGAUGAAAGGAUGGCUCUCAUGCACCUUGGUUACAAGCACAUGCAAGGAAUUGAUGGGUACCCACAGGAUUAUGACCUUUCAUACAGUUACUAUGCUAAUAUUGGGAAAAUGACCUCUGUGGAUCGGUGGGAAGUACAAGAAUCUGAACAAUAUACAACAGAAUACAUCUUACUUUCUGAUGAGAUGGCACUGAAGUCUCAAACAAAUGAGGAAGAUGAUAUAUUCCAUUAUCUCAAUUUUCAAGCACAGCGUGGGGACUUGGAAGCCCAAAGAAACUUGGCAAGAAUGCUUUUUUGGGGACAACAUGGUGUGUCAAAGGAUAUUGAAACAGCAGUAAAGUGGUAUACCAAAAGUGCUCUAAAACUGAAAGAUGCUCAAUCAAUGUAUGACCUCUCAGUUGUAUUGAUUAAGGGUCACGGAGUGAAGAAGAACAAAACUCUGGGUUUACAAAUGAUGAGAAAAGCAGCAUCUAUGGGCUGUGUUGAGGCUAUCAAUGGUUUGGGAUGGUAUUAUAGCACCUUUAAGGCAGAUAUGGUGACAGCAGUGAAGUACUUUGAAAAGGCUGCUGAAAAAGGAAGUCGAGAUGCAUUAUAUAAUUUGGGAGUAUUUCAUCUAAAUGGUUACCACCCGAGAAAUCCAUCAAAGAAUGAAUCCGCAGCUUUUCAGCACUUUUUGAAAGCUUCUCUUUUAGGACAUGUUGACGCCAUUGUUGAAACUUCUCACUACUAUGCCACAGGAAAUCUAGACAAUUUUACACGAAAUCCAGAAACAGCAGUUAGGUUUCUGAAAAACAUUUGUGAGCAAAAUGGUUAUUUAGGAUACAUUAUCAGAAGAGGUCUCAAUGCAUAUCUGAAAGGAUCUUGGGAAGAAGCUUUUCUGAAUUACCUUAUAGCUGCUGAGACUGGAAUGGAAGUAGCACAGACAAAUACUGCCCAUAUCUGUGAGGAGAACACUGAAUUGGUUCACAGCCUUUUCUCUACUUAUGAUUGUGAAUGGAGAUACUAUAAUCAUUCCACUUUGCAUUACUUUGGUUCCACUUUAGGUUUUCUGAAAAUGGGAGACUAUUACUACUAUGGGCACAAAAAUCAAUCGCGAGACAUUCCCUUGUCUAGUUCUAUGUAUGCUUAUGCUGCUUUAGCUGACAGUUCUCAGGGAAUAUUUAACUUAGCAGGGUUAAUUGAAGAAGGACAUACUGUUUCCAAAGACAUUUUAGAAAAAUUACAAAUUGAUGAGGAUGAACAGCUGGGAAAAACGUUUACAUUAGAACAGCUUUAUAAAAGAUGCAGAGACCUGGAUCGUGAAGUAUUGUUAUCCCCAUGUUCUUUAGCUUUGUUCAGAAUUCAGAUGAAAACCACAUGGAAAAAAAUUAUGAAUAAUACAGCAUUAUUUUCCUUGACAUGGCUCACUUUCAGUGUCAUUACUGCAACUUUUAUUACCUUUCUGGUACAACACAUUGAAUGCGAAAGAGCUACAGAUGGAAUUGCACAGCAGUAUGUGAAUACCUCAUUCAGGAGUAACACUAAUGAGAACAUCACACAUCCAGCAGAGUACACUGUUUCUCCUGCCAUUCCAGUCAGGCACAACAGCACCUGCUGGCUAAGGUUGCUCAAGUCCAGAGUUAACCACCUGGUUUGCUCCCUUCUAAAGCUACUACGCAGUCAACAUGUCGAGGAAUGGGCCUUUACACUGCUGGGGGUAUGCUUAUGCAUACUAUGUGUUGUUAUUGUGAUGCAUCUGUUGUAAAAAAGAUCUCUAAACAGCACUCCCGCCACAAAAAAUUGUGACAUACUACAGUGUUUAUUAAGUUAUUUUUAAUGUUUUUUUUUAAAUGUAAAUCAAUUUUUUUUUAAAUGAAAGGAAAAUCCUCUGAUUUUGAUGUAUCUUGUGACACAAGAGCCUUUGCUGUAUAAAUUUAAUAUUUUCACUCUCUAAAAACUUUGGUUCUUUGUGUGAUGUGAGAUGCCAUGUUAAAAAGAUGCUGAUUUUGAUGAUGGCAUGAGAUAAGUAAUGCUGAAUGUAGGAAUUUAAGUAUGUAAAUUAUGUAUUUUAAGAUUAUAUUGAAGUUAUACUGACCAAAGACUAUGAAAAUCUCCUGCAAUUACCACAUUACUGAACAAUACCUCCAGAUGUGAUACCCCUACAAUUUCAUGAUUACAAACUUUCAAUUCAUCACAGACUGUUCUACAUAGAUUAUACAUCUAUCAAAGUUAGUGGUCUACUUGAGAGUACACACAUAAUUGUUGCUAAAUAAUUAGAAGUAUGUAAUUGUGUAUUAUUGUGUAUGGCCCAGCAAUCAAUCAGUCCUGAUUUUAAUGUCCUUCCUCAUUCAGGAAAAAUAUUAAUAAAAUGAUCAGGUAUCUUCAUCCAUAAUGAAAAGAUUAAGUUGUCCUUGCUUUUUGACAUGCUCUAAUAGGUAACCCAUUAAUGACCUCCAGACUCUAAUGACACUUUAAAAUAAUGCAUUAACAUCCCUGUGAUAAAUAUUACUAAUAACUGACCUUGUUUUAGAACAUCCAGCCAAAGUCUCUUUCACAAGGCGUCAGGCAAUUACCUUGCCUUUUACCCUCUCCUGUUUUUUAUAUCUGUCAUGAGACUUCCAAAACUAAGAUAAGGACAAUGGAAUUCAGCCCAUCCAUUUAUUUUCCAACCACUUCAUCCAGUCUAGAGUCGUGGGGUAACCGGAGCCUAUCUUGGCAAGUGGGGUACACCCUGGAUGGGAUGCAAGUCCAUUGCAGGGCACACACAGACACAGCAACACACAUACACUCACACCAGGGCCAGUUAACCAGAAGCCAGUUAAAAUGCCAGUAUGUCCUUGGGCUGUGAGAGGAAACCGUAGCACCCAGAAGAAACUCAAGGAAACCUGGAGAGGACAUACAAACUCCACAU